CUCGUGUAGAUAUUGAAGAUGAUCCUGUACGUAAAAUGAAAUAAAAUUCGUAUAUUUCUCUUAAAAAUGGGACUGUUUCAAAAAUUUGCCAAUUUCUUAGGUGUAAGAAAAAAGGAAGUUAAUGUAUUAGUAGUAGGGCUAAAUAAUAGUGGAAAAACUACUGUUGUGAAUAAAUUUAAAAAUGAAGAGGAACGAGUUAAUGAAAUUGUGCCCACUGUGGGUUUUUCUGUGGAAAAGUUUCAGAACAAAAACCUCUCCUUUACAGCAUUCGAUAUGUCAGGACACGGGCGUUACAGGGACCUUUGGGAACACUACUAUAAAGAUUGUCACGGUAUUAUUUUCGUCAUAGAUAGCAGCGAUCGUUUGCGAUUAGUCGUCGUAAAAGAAGAAUUGGAUUUACUAUUGCAACAUCCUGAUAUAUGCAGUAAAAAAAUACCCAUUUUAUUUUUUGGAAAUAAAAUGGACAACAAAGAGGCUUUGAGCAGUGUAAAAAUAGCUGCGGGAUUAGGACUUGACAAGAUUUUAGAUAAACCUUGGCAUAUAUCUUCUAGUAAUGCUUUAACUGGAGAGGGCUUACAAGAUGGAGUUGAAUGGCUCACACAGCAGAUUAGAGAGAUGAUUAUAGCCAAAACAUGAUUUUUUUUUGUAAUAGUAACUAAAUUGAUUUUGGGAACAUUCAAAGCAUCUGGGAGAGACUUUAUAGGGGGUCAUUUUUCUAAUUUAAAGAAUAUUUCUGUUAUACAAGAAAAUUCUCUUAAUAAAAAUUGUUUGUAGUGCCAUUCUCUGUAACUUUUUGCCCUAUACAUGAUGUCUCUAAAAUGGACCUUAAUAAAAAAAAAAUAUUAAAAUAAAAUGUACUGGUACAAGAAAUUAUAACUUUUUAUUGAGUAUAAUUAAAAAAUGAAUACAAUAUUUUAUUUUGAACUUUCAUUUGCUUAAAACUAAAUGAAAAUAUAUGAUAAAAUUUAAACAGAGCUCAAAUUUUAACCAAUGAAAUUCAUUACAACUAAGUGAAGUACAAUAUGUGCAAAAAUAAAAUCUGCAAAUCCUCUCUCUGGACUGAUACCAUUGAAUUGUGUUUUAUUUUCUGGAUUGACCUGAAGCCUUAGACAAACUAAAAAUAAAACAAACUAACAGAAGAGAUGAAUCCGCUAAGGAAUGAAUUGAAGGGAAAAGUUCCAACUAAAAGGCAGUAAAUAAAUUGUGUAAUGCCGGUUAAAAGUAUGUAAAAUAAAUAGGCAUCGAUUGCUUUUAGCCUUUUAGGAGUUCUCGUUUUAUAUUCAUUGUAAAAUUUCGAAAGGACUGUAGUGAUUUGAGCCAUAUUUUACAAUUCUAAAUACUUUAAUUACUAAAAAAAUACUUCUAAAGAACACUUAUUGAUAAAAAAUAAAAUGACAUUAUUG